GGCAUCACAUCUAGGUCUUUGACACAGACAAGUUGAUCUUUGUUCAUCCACCAUGGCAAUGGAAUUCCUGUCCGUUGUGUUCGUUGCUUCGUUGAGCACAUCCUUGUUUCGUUUGCUGACCAUUCCUUGUGCGAAAGUCGUCCGGCUGUGUACUUCGUUCCUACUGAAUGUCAACAGCCGAACAGCGCGGAGAAGAUGGAAGAAUACCGGAAGAAUAUGAAGAAAGGGGAGACACCGGAACUCGGUCUAAAAAAGUAAUACGUUGAUCCCAUGAAUAUGAAACUGUCGUGUAAGGAGAUCCAGCAAGUCGUUCGAUUGUUCCGCUUCCGUUAUGGGAACCGUUUACCUUUUUACGGCCAUCGUUAUCUUGGUGUACUUUUCCGGUCCCUUUACGAUCGUAUAGGCAAGAGCUAUUGGAGUGCUCAUUUUAGACAACGAAGAGGUUUUUUGUGGAUUUACCAUCAACGUAGAAUACUCUCCGUUGAGUUUGGAUUUUGGAAUAGGCGGAGGGGGACGAGUAUAUAGUCCCCAUCAACAAGUCUGAAAUGCGCAGUGAUCCAUAAAACACCCGGAAAUGGAGGCGGAUAUUACGUUUCCAGCACGGUGUAUGCAUUGCUGGGGGAACAUUUCAAAUUGCGCAGAGCAUGUAUUAAUUCCCACUUGAACGGAGAGUUAAUUUGAUAGCAAAAAAUGUAUCUGGGUGAGUUGCAGGAAAAUAGAUAUGAAAAUUCACCAAGCCGCACAUCAAGCAUGCCCGAUCGGAUGAUAGGCCAUCGAGUUUCAUCGCCGAAAAAAAAAGCAUAGGAUUUUGGUUUGACCUACAUUCUUUCACGGCCUGUCGCCCUUGCCCCACUAUCAUCUUCGUAGAUGAUCGGCUCGAUCAUAAGAAAAAUGGCUGUCAUUAUUAUAUAGACGCAUUUGUUUUCGAUGGCACGUAGCGUUCGCCGUAUCUGGUUUGACAUUUUUAUCACGGACUUGUCGCCAAGUAUAUAGGGUUGAUCUAUCCUGUACGUUGUUGACUGAUGUUUGGUUUAUUCAUCUUUUAGUCACACCAGUAAGUUGCGCAAUGCUGAAUGACUGAUUUUCUUUCCCCUCUGGAUUCCGAGCCCACUUCCCGGAUAUUUUGACAACUAUUAGGUCAUUACAAGCUAAAGCAAAUGCUAUGAAGACCGCAAACGAAAAGCGAUACGCCUCCGCAGUCAAAGGAUUUCAACUUUUUUGUCAGGUUCCCUAUCUGAUUAACUCACUCGUCGAAGAAAACCGCAAUCAGGAGAACAACAACGAGUUUGUGAUCCGUGGCUUUUCCGAAUUAUUAUCGGAAUGAGACGGAUCACUAAUUGAUUGUUUGUACAAGCAACACGAUGGCAUUUCGGCCGAUUUGUGUGUUCGUCGCCACUUGUGCAAUUGUCUUCGCUAUCGACCCUCUGCAAGCAGAAUCCAGCCAGUCGCCCACGCAUCGAGCAGAGUCUCCCGGCGCUGCGACUGAUUUCAAGUCAUUCGACGCCGUUGAUUUCCUCACGGUGCGGCCAGUCGUCCGUGAAUCGCGAACGCUGCGACGGAUUCGAUCGAUCGGUCUUAUUAAUCACGAGGACCACGCCGAGCAACUCGUCGUGUCUCUCGACGCAUCGUCUCCCAUCGUCUUGGAUCUCCAGUUGAACAGGGAUCUAAUCACCGACAACUUUUACGUUCGCCAUCACGUCAAUGGAAGCGAAGAGUUUUGGCGGCCUGAAAUCUCUUCAGACAAUCCGUCAUUACCAAUGUGCCAUUACCGAGGGAUCGUCAGGAAUGCCACUAAUUCGUGGGCGACUCUAUCCACCUGCUCGGGACUCAGUGGGGCGGUUUUUGACGGCCUGGCGCUGUACUACAUCGAGCCGCUGAAUCAUUCGAUCGAUGGCGACCAUUCGUGGAAGAAACACCCGCCAGGAUUGAAUUCCCUGACUCCAAGAUGCGAUGAGGACCAUCACCAUCACCAAGCGCAAAUGCAUUCGACGAAUCACAGUGUUAAGGUGAAAAGGCAAAUUACAAAAUCGGGAGUGCAAGAGGCUUUUAGCGGAGUGCAAGUUCUCGAAUUGGUGCUGGUCGUCGAUUACACCAUCUACCUGAGAAACGGACGCAAUAUGCACAAGGUUUUGAAACGAGUUUUCGACAUAGUAAACGUCAUCAAAGAGAUUUAUUCGACGUUGCCAGUGUCGGUCAUGUUGGUCGGCGUGAUCGUUUGGUCGGAAGGUGACAGGAUUCACAUCGGCAAAAAUGCCAGUCAAACCUUGUACGAUUUCAAACAUUACUGCGACCAUAAUCUGCAUGCGGAAUCCCACGACACCGCCCAACUGAUGACAGGUGUCGAUGCUGAUCACUUCAAUGGUCUCGUCGGCAGGGCUUACGUCGGCACCUUGUGCAACUUUCACGAAUCCUGCGGGAUCGCGGUCGACAGCGCCAACUCUCCGGCCGCCAUGACGGCCUCCAUCAUGUCUCACGAAAUGGGCCAUAAUUUCGGCAUGAAUCACGACAACUACUCUCGCUGUCACUGUCCUAUGGGCGACUGCGUCAUGGUCGCCGCCAUCGGACAACCGACGAAGCACUGGAGCUCUUGCAGCCGCGAGCUCAUCCAGGACUUGUCACGGGAUAAAAAAUAUAAUUGCCUCCGCAAUCGGCCAAGCAGGUGUGGCAAUAUGGUGGUUGAUCCGGAAGAGGAGUGUGACUGCGGCUUGCCCAAUUUUUGCCGGAAUCAAUGCUGCGAUCCGCACACUUGUAAAUUUAGUAGGCGCAGUCUCAAGGUUCAAUGUGCUCAUGGCGGCUGCUGCGACUUGAUGACUUGCCAAUUGGAAAUGCCGGGAGUCGAGUGUCGAUCGGCGGAAAAUCAAUGCGACAUUGCGGAAUACUGUUUCGGCAACAGUUCGACGUGUCCGUCCGAUUUGCAUAAAUUCGACGGCAUCAAGUGCGAUACCCGCAAAGUGUGUAUCGACAAAGUAUGUUCUAGGGAUUCAUUGAGAAAAAUCAACGGACCCCUCCAAUGUCCGUCCAACUGCACCAACGGAGGAUUCUGCAAUAAUUUAGGGAAAUGCCAUUGCCCGGAUGGAUUCAACCCUCCGUUUUGCCAACAUUAUGGAAUGGGCGGUAGCGAAGAUGGUGGACCUUCUGUGGAUCCUAAAGUCCGUCGAUUAUUUCAAAUCGAACUCUACAUCAUCUUUUUGGCCAUCAUCCCCAUCAUUAUCUUUUUGCUCUGCAUUUGUUUCACUUUCCUGCACGACGAUCAGAAGAAAUCCCUUGGAAACUUUUUCCGUAACGGAGUCAACAGCGGAUUCGCCGGCCGGCUGAUGCAUCCGGUGCCAUUAAUUCAAUCGACCAGCGUCGACAAAUCGGAUGACCAGCCCAAGCGGGAUUUCAGCAAAUGGGUCAAAAAUCGAGUGGGUUUGACGUUGCCCAGGAUCAGUAUCCCACCGGUUGCCAACGGUCCGUCCGUCUCCAUCCUGUCGCCAUCCAGCGGCUGCUCGACGGCCACCAUCACCCUCAGCGCUCUCAACACACCGUCGGAUGAACCGCAACAGUCUACUCCGACUUUCCCGCAUCGCCUACCUCAAUCUUCUUCCACGACGACCGGAGACAAAAAGGAGCAGUUGCUGUUGACUCCGCCGAUUCCGAGAGUCGUCCGUCCGGCUCGUCCGCCGCCUCCGCCGGUCAAAAACAAGCCAGUCCAUCCGGGCUUUGCAAACAGUGCACUGGCAUUAGAAUCGGACGUCGUUAACAAUGUCAAGAAGCCAGCGAGAAAUAAUCAGUUUCCUCUGCCUCCGCCGAGUUCCGCCAAACCGGCGCUGAUUCUUUGACAUGUCGCCGGAUACAAUUCAAAAGAACCGCGCCCCGGUUGACUGCCUUUUCGCUUUUAAACCCUCCCCUUUUCGCUGGUUAUUAUUCUAAUUGACUUAAGAUUUCAGCGCCAACCGUCUGAAACUAUAUAAAAGCGGGUUCAGUGCGGUUCGCGUAACAUGUAAGUCCACAGAUUUGUUAUCUACUUGACAUUUCCCCUCGACUGAGUGAAGAAUCUCUAAAGCAUUUAUCGAUUGAAACAUAAAACACUUUUUUAUUUCCAAAAAACAAUUCAUUUAGAUUGAGCGGUCAUUUCGAAAUUUACAGUUACAAACUAAAAUACAAAUGCAGAUUUGUCUUUUA